UGCUGUCGCCGCGGCGAAUGGGGCUGGGCAGCGCUGCGGAUGGAGCCGCCGCUGCGGAAUGGAGGCAGCGAAGAGAGCGCUGAGGCGGCCUCGACGGAAGGCGCGGUCGGAGGCGCCGCGACGGCCGCCGACCAACGGCAGCGGCCCAGCCCUACGCGGCCGAGCGGGCGGCGGCGAGGCGGAGGCGGCGGGGCCGGGCGGGCGGAGACCCCCGCGGGCCGCGAGGGGGAGCGCCCCGGCCCCGCCCUCCGCCCGCGCCUCGACUCCCUGCGCAAGAACCGCCCCCCCUUUCCUUGGUUUGGCUUGGAUAUCGGAGGGACCUUGGUCAAGCUUGUCUAUUUUGAGCCAAAGGACAUUACCACUGAGGAAGAGGAAGAGGAAGUGGAGAAUCUGAAAAGCAUUCGGAAAUACCUGACCUCCAACACCGCCUAUGGAUCCACAGGCAUCCGGGAUGUCCACCUCGAGCUAAAGGACCUUACGCUGUGUGGACGUAAAGGCAAUCUCCACUUUAUACGCUUUCCUACUCAUGACAUGCCUGCUUUUAUUCAAAUGGGCAGCGAAAAGCACUUCUCGAGCCUCCACACUACCUUAUGUGCCACGGGAGGUGGAGCGUAUAAAUUUGAGCAGGACUUUCGCACAGUGGGGGACCUCCAGCUUUGCAAGGUGGACGAACUUGACUGCCUUAUUAAAGGAGUCUUGUAUAUCGAUUCAGUUGGCUUCAAUGGACACUCGGAGUGCUACUAUUUUGAAAACCCAACUGAUCCCGAAAAGUGUCAGAAGCUCCCCUUCAACCUGGAGAAUCCAUACCCUCUCCUUUUGGUGAACAUUGGCUCCGGGGUUAGCAUCUUGGCCGUGUAUUCGAAAGACAAUUACAAGCGGGUGACUGGGACCAGCCUGGGAGGAGGAACCUUUUUUGGUCUCUGCUGCCUUCUGACCGGCUGCUCCACCUUUGAAGAGGCCCUGGAAAUGGCAUCCCACGGGGACAGCACCAAAGUGGACAAGCUCGUGCGAGAUAUUUACGGGGGCGACUACGAGAGAUUUGGGCUCCCGGGCUGGGCUGUAGCAUCCAGCUUUGGGAACAUGAUGAGCAAGGAGAGACGAGAGGCAGCCAGUAAGGAGGAUCUGGCAAGAGCCACGUUGAUCACCAUCACCAAUAACAUCGGCUCCAUAGCCCGGAUGUGUGCACUGAAUGAGAACAUUAAUCGGGUGGUUUUUGUAGGAAACUUUCUGCGCAUCAACACCAUCUCGAUGAAGUUUCUGGCCUACGCUUUAGACUACUGGUCUAAGGGGCAGCUGAAGGCCCUCUUCUUGGAACACGAGGGUUACUUUGGAGCAGUUGGAGCUUUUCUGGAGCUUUUGAAUUCGUCCUGAUUCCGUAUACGGAGCUUGAACCCAGGUUGCUGCUGGAGGAUUCUAAGCAAAAGGGAACAUCUCUCUUAAUUUAGCUUUAUUUCUAAAAUGUCUGCCUGACAAAUGACUGGUUGUAGUUAUACUUGUACAAUCAAUGCAGAGAAGGACAAUGUUUUUUUUUUAAGUUAAAGCUAAGACUGUAUAUUAGCUUGUUUGUAAGGGAUGCCUGUGCAUGGGCUAGACAUACAAAUACUGUGUUCUGCAGAACGACUUUUGAUAUGUGAACUCUGGUGACUGGGGAGAAGGUGCCUAGCCAGCUGUUCUCUAGCUCUUAAACACUAAUUUUGUAUGGACUUUGAAGGGCUGUGUGAGUUUUCACAACAUUGUUGAGAUGUGCAGAAUGUGCAAAAUGUAGACUUCACGUAAUAAAGGUUUUUUUUU